UUGACCAGCGAGUGAGAUCUAGCUCAGCUCUCGCAUCUCCAAAAAAAUGGAGCUCACUUGACCAUCCUCACGAGCUUUCCAACCUAAAACUUCCCCAGCGGGAAUCGAUACCAAGAAACAGAGAGGGCCAUCAUGUUCGGUUGCGGCGUCGAUGGAAGCCUCGACCAGGGCGAGUUCAGCAAGCCCAUGCCCUGGAUCGGCGUCUACAUAGCGGCGGCUUCCCUGGCCUGCGCCAUCGCGAUGGCCGCCGAUGCCGCCGCUGGCUUCCGCUACAAGAGGCUCUGGUUCCCGAGCCGCUACUUCGCCCUCAACGCCACGUCGCUGAGCGUUAUUGCCGUCGCGGUCAAGCUCUCCGUCGACCUCAACACGCCGAUGCCGCGCCGCCAGGAGCAGCUCGCCAAGCUCAGCAGCUCGGUCCUGAUCUGCACCGUGAUGGGCAAUUCGAUGCCUUCUCUCGGGUCGAUGGAGAACAAGGAGAUCCUGUCCAACGUGAUCGCUCUGGCGAUUCUCGUCAUCACAUCGAUUGUGAACAUUUGUAUGCAGUUGGGCACCGGAGUGAUCUUCACGUACUGGAGGGAACAUGCCUUCGUGAUGUUCCUGAUGCUGCUGUUGCUGGUGAUCCUGAGCUUCUCGGCCGUGAUGGUCCCGACGAGCAAGUGCUACUUGGACAUGAAGUAUUGCAAGAAGCACGAGCUGACCCUGAAGGAGAGCUUGAGCCGGAGCUGCGACAACGUCUUCGACAAGCUCAAGGAGGACCUGUUGAAGUAUGGGAUGAUGGCUCAUACCUGCAACCCGCAAUUCGUCGUGGGGCGGUCCGUGACGUGCGCUGCUUCCGGGGCGCUCUGCCUCCUGAGCGCGAUGACCCUGGCGCAGGCGUUGCUCCGGUCUUACCUGAUGCCCGGGAGGUUCAAGUUCUGCGAUGGCGAGUCGGACUAUAAGUGGUCGAGCACAUCGAUUCUCAUCACGCAGACUAUUGCGGUCGGGGUCGGCACGAUCGCCCCGGCAUUCCGAUGGUUCCUCGCAAUCAGAUUCAAGUGCCCAAAGCGGGGGAACAAGAGCUACAAGGACGAAUUCAAGCUCGAAAAGUAUUGGAUACAGCAAUUCAUAGAGAUUAAGGAGUGUCCAUUCAAUUUACACAUCCGGAGCCGGCAGUGUCGUAAGCUCAUCUACGAUGCAAAGAACGUGGUUUUGGAUAUGCUCAUUGGAAUACAGGUGGGAAUCGUGUUGGGAAGCAAGGUCGUGCGGCUGAUCUCCAUUCUGUUCAUGAGCCGGAUCUUCUUGUUCUGUGAUUUGUGCUGCGAUCUGAGGAAGAAGUUCAAACUGAACAUCAGCGUUUCAGACAAGGACUUGCACUCGAGUUCGCGCCUAGAAGGCUCGGCCUCAAAGCCGGACCUCAGCCGAUAUGUUUUGCAUCUCGAGGGUGAGGAAGAAUUGGUCCACCUCAUCAUGCGGAACAACUGCGACGCCACUGAGUGUUGGAUCAAGAUGGGGAAGAACAAUCCACCCAAACAUCUCAUACAACUUUUGGAAGAGACGCCCUCUCGCGGGUUCGCAGGGGUCAUGGAUUUCGACAGCGAUGCAGUUCCUCCCCUGGAUUCUGCAGAACCACCGAACAAUUGGGCACUGCCGAUCGCAACCUUAACGAGCAUAGCAGUCGCCAUUCCAGACAUUGACCCAUCUGCCAGAAAACGAUUGCUGCGUGGGGUUCGCGAGGCCCUGAUGUAUGUCAACAUAGUAGAGGAAAGGCUGUGCGCAAAACAAGAAUUGAUGAAUGCCGGAAAGGCGGCGAGCAUUGUGUACUUGGGAGUCGAUCUCUACCACAAAUGGCUCGAUGUAGAUCUCCGCAAAAUUUCCCUCCAGGGAAACACCACAAAGGAUGUGCUCAAAGCCCUUGCCUGCGCUGCGAAGAACGUUUUCGUUGAAUUCAAAGCUGUACCAAGCCACGGAUGUUUAAUGGAAUACCCUUCGGCGUGGCCCGUCAAAGUACAGGCCGCACAUUCCAUGUACCGUAUAAGCGAGACUCUACUGCUCGAUUGCAAGAGCAGCGACUGUGAUAUGAGCAACAGAAUCUUCGAGAAGCUAUCAAGGAUGAUCUCUGAUAUUAUUGCGGCCUGCCUCACCAACUUAGAACAUGUCAUAUUCACCGAGUGCUCUCGCAGCGGCAUCGAGGGCCGGAAAGAGAGCGUGCAGUCCGCUGCUAUUCUUCUUGGAAGAACGGCAAAAGUGAUGAAAAUCUCAAGUCAGAGAGAGCUUCCAUGUCUGGACUCCGACCAAUUGGCAAGCAUUGACGAGUGGCGUGCCUCGAGUGACCUGAAGAAGGCUUUACUGACGAAGUCAUUCACAGAUGAGAGCGAACUGUCUUCUCCCAGUCCCGGAGAUCAGUACCUGUCUAUUCAAUAUUCACAAGUCUAGGAAGGAAGCUUGAACUGGCCUAGGAGUUUUUACAAGUUUCUUUUUUCACGCUGGUGACGAUCUGAACGAUGGUUGAGGAAUGGUUACUAGUUGUAACGACGAGCUUUGCAAAAAGAGCUGUCGAAUGUACUCGAGGCAUAUCUCUUGCUGAUGUAUAGUACUAACAUUACCGAGGUAGGAAUAUGAUGACUCUUGAACAUGGAA